AUGUCCGAACCUCUACUGAGACGUAGGGUACCCUCCUCCAGAGCAGAGCAAACCCCCGUGACACCUUACCAGAGACACCCUCCACCUCCUCGUAGAGGUCAUCCAACUCGUUCACUUCACAUCUCACUCUCUUUACUCAUACUGGGAUUCUUCGUGGUAUACGCUCAAAAACAUCAGACGUUCUACCAGACUAAAGCUACAUAUGCGAAACAUGGUGAACAAUUGCCAGCAAGGUACGCUAUAUGCUCGAGAGACGGUCAGUUCAUCUACACUGUGCCUGAGGAUGAAGGAGUGGGAGAGACUCAGUGCGUUGUCGUCGAUCGUGGAGAGGUAGUGGAGACUGGUAGUCUCGGUAAGAUCCGUCGUAACUACAUCGAUAAAAACCCUUUAAAUGCUAUAAAAAUCAUAUAUCUACCUGAGGGGCACACUAUGACUCCGGGCUUCACCGACUCGCACGGCCAUCCUCUUAUAUAUGGCCACUCUCAGCAACUUCCUUUACAUGGAUGUAAAUCGAUCGCGGAAGUCAUUCGGAAAGUGGAGGAGUUCGUCAAAAGCAAUCCUCUGAAAGAGGGUGCCUGGGUAGAAGGUCUGGGAUGGGAUCAGAAUAUUUGGGAAAAUAAAGAAUUUCCCACUGCAGCGGAAUUUGAUUCGUCCCCUGUACUCAAAGACCUACCUAUCAGCUUAUCAAGAGUAGAUUUCCACGUCGAAUGGGUGUCGCCAGCUAUCUUGAAGCUUCUAGGUGACGAUAUACCGGACGUUCAGGGUGGUCAGGUGGUGAGGGAUGAAAAUGGCAGACCAACUGGAAUAUUUAUCGAUAAUGCCAUUGACAUGCUCACUGCUAUUCGGCCUUCCUGGACUGACGAAGACAGAGAGCGAUAUCUGAAUAUAAUGCUGGAGGAUGCGAUGAGCAAAGGCUUGACAGGAGUGCAUGAUGCACAAGGGUUUUUGAAGGAAGUUCCGUUUUGGAAAAGGAUGGCCGAGGAAGGGAAAUUGCCGAUUAGGUUCUAUCAGAUGCUCAAGUGCGAAGACGAAGAUUUCUGCGGAGAUCAAGUAGAACAGAUUACUGAUCAAGAAUCACAUUACAUCCUCCGAUCAGUCAAGCUCUUCGGUGAUGGCGCAUUAGGAUCUCGAGGUGCCGCUCUAACAGAAGAUUAUUCCGACAAACCAGGAUGGAAGGGAUUGAUGCUGAAACCGGAGGAAGUAUGGGGACCACUGAUCAAACAGUGGUAUGAUGCUGGUUGGCAGGUGAAUGUACACACGAUUGGCGACCGAGCUGCUCAUGUUGUACUAGACGCCAUAGAAGCUGCUCUGAAGGGUCAUCCACCAGAUACCAGGAGAAAUGCCAGAUUCAGGUUGGAACAUGCUCAGAUCAUGACCCCGGAAGACAUUGAGCGCGCGGCGAGACUCGGAGUUAUUGCUAGUGUGCAGCCGACUCAUGCUACGAGUGAUAUGUGGUACGCCGAAGAUCGACUUGGCCCAGAACGUAUCAAGGGGGCUUAUGCAUGGCGAAGCUAUCUCAACCACGGCGGGCGGAUCACCCUGGGAUCGGAUUUUCCGGUCGAAUCUAUAGAUCCCCUCAAAGGUUUUUACGCAGCUGUAACUAGAUUAUCAGAAGAUGGCAGAUCGCCUCAUGGUAAAGAAGGAUGGUACGCCUCAGAGAAAUUGACACGAAUCGAAGCGAUGCGAGGAAUGACCAUUGAUGGUGCCUACGCGUCGUUCUCGAAUAUCACCGGAUCGUUGACACCAGGAAGAAAGUUCGAUGCGGUCAUUUGGGAUGAUGAUCUGAUGACAAUUCCCGAUGAUGAGAUUCUGGACGUUAAGGUCAAGGGGGUGAUCGUAGGUGGGAAGAUUGUGUGGGGAUCUUUGGAAUGA